CAUUUCGUCGUUGCAGCGUUUGGAAUACUUGAAUCUGGCGAAAGAACACAGUAACCCAACCCAGCUAAAGCUAUGAGCUACAAAAUGGAAUCCUUGUCGCCAUCGUAAAACCUUCCCCGGUUGAACCAAUUCCUUCUCCUCUCUUCCUUCUUCACCAGGAGGAGGGGUUCAGAGAGGGGGGAAUCCACACGUUUCCACAUGGCGUCCCAUCGGCGGCGCCACCACCAGUAUACCACCCGUGUGCGCUUUCUAAUUCCGGCUAUCUCCGCCAUCUCCGGCCUCAUUCUCCUCCUUUUCUUCUUCCUCUUCUUGCUCGCACCUCCUCUCACUGAUAACCAUCAACUCCACCUCCUCCGCCGCCAUAUCUCGGUCAAUGAGGGCGUUAUUAAUGAGAUUGGAGUCCCGGUGUUUAAUGUUCCGAUAAGUGGAAUAGUGCAUGAUCGGGAUCUCUGGAGGUCAAAAAAUGCCAAAUUCUUCCAUGGUUGUAGUAAUUCCAGUAGCAAAUUUGCGAAGGCUAAAGACAUCACACAUCCAAAUCGAUACUUGUUGAUUGCAACCAGUGGAGGUCUUAACCAACAGAGGACGGGGAUAACAGAUGCAGUUGUUGCUGCUCGAAUUUUGAAUGCUACCCUUGUUGUUCCUACUUUGGACAAGAAAUCCUUCUGGAAAGAUUCUAGUGAUUUCUCAGACAUAUUUGAUGUCAAUUGGUUUAUAUCACAUCUUACAAAGGAUGUUAAAAUCAUAAAAGAGCUCCCGCUUAGGAGAGGACAGACAUGGGUUCCACAUACUAGAAAGGUUCCCAGAAAGUGCAAUGAAAAAUGCUAUUUAACUCGGCUGCUGCCUGAAUAUUCAAAAAAGCAUGUAGUUAGACUCACCAAGUUUGACUACAGACUUUCAAAUAGGUUGCAGACCGAGUUGCAAAAGCUGAGAUGCAGAGUUAAUUAUCAUGCUUUGAAGUUUGCUGACCCUAUACUUGAAAUGGGUAAGGAAUUGGUCCAGCGAAUGAGGUUGAGGAGCAAGCAUUAUAUUACGCUUCAUCUAAGGUUUGAACCUGAUAUGCUUGCAUUCUCAGGAUGCUAUUAUGGAGGAGGGGACAAGGAAAGAAUAGAACUUGGGAAAAUACGGAAGAGGUGGAAAACUCUACAUAGUAGCAACCCAGAUAGGAUGAGGAGGCAGGGAAGAUGCCCUCUCACUCCUGAAGAAGUGGGUUUGAUGCUGAGAGCACUUGGAUACGGCAGAGACGCUCAUAUCUAUGUGGCAUCUGGUGAAGUAUAUGGAGGGGAAGAGACAUUGGCACCUCUAAAGGCUCUCUUUCCAAACUUCCAUUCAAAGGACACUAUUACGACAAAAGAAGAAUUAGCACCAUUUUCUCGAUUUUCUUCUCGCAUGGCUGCAUUAGACUUCAUAGUUUGUGAUGAAAGUGAUGUUUUUGUUACGAACAACAAUGGAAACAUGGCAAAGAUAUUAGCUGGGCGAAGGAGAUACUUUGGACAUAAACCUACCAUUCGGCCAAAUGCCAAGAAGUUAUGGCGUCUGUUCUUAAACCGGAAUAACAUGACAUGGGAAGAAUUUGCAUCUCGAUUGCGCACAUUUCAAAAGGGCUUUAUGGGGGAACCUAAGGAGGUGAGGCCAGGCAGGGGUGAGUUUCAUGAAAACCCUUCAACCUGCAUAUGUGAGGAUUCUGGUGCCAAAGCAGAGGCGAAUUCAGAUCCUCGGAGAAUUGGUAACGAAGAUAUAGCAUCACAGAAAGAAACUGAAGAUCAUAAUGCAGACAAUGAACCAGAAAUAUCUGAACCUGAGGAUGAAGAAGACGGCUUAGAAGGUGAAGAAUUCUCUGAAGCUUUAUUCAAUGUAACAGAUUAUGACACAUCAAUAUCUGAGGAGCCUGAGUUGGAAGAGAUGCUUUCUGAUUGAUUGAUAAAAGGAGCAAAAAACCAAUUUUUUAGAGGCCGAGCAUUGUAAAUAACAAAUUCCUUUGAGGGAAUGUGAUAUCGCGGUACCUUCUUCACACAAUGAGCUGCAGUUUGGUCAUCAUCUCUCAACUCAGUCGAUGGCAGAAUAGAGAAAUUUUGAUUAAACAGAAAUGAAGACAAAAGUCUUGUAUUGGCAAUGAGAUUGACAAGCCUGCAGAAGGUAUAUUUAGUUAAAGGGGGUGGGAGAAUAGUGGGGUGGUGUAUAUGGUAUAUCAUGUAUAAUACCAAGUAGAAUCUCGUUUUGUUUUGUUUUGUUUUGUUUUUGUUUUUAUUUUUUUGGUUUUCUUAUCCCAAAUGACUGACUUGAUUGAAGGUAGGUUAAAUUUUACAAGGUCAAAUGUAUACUGUGCUAUAUACAACAUGCCGUUUCUAGUAGACAAACUAGGCGACCUGCUAUUAACAUUACAGGUUCUCUUUUAAGGGUUGGACAAUUAAUUGCAUUUUGUUGCCUUAAUA